AUGCUGCAGCUCCUCCGCAGACCUCAUCAAGUCGUCGCCAUGAGAGUCGGACUCAUCCUUUUGUCCACCUGCAUGAUUAACAUCAAGGGAUUAUGGCUACCGUUUGAGAACUUCGACGAGAUGUUGCAAGCCAUUCGCGAGGCAACAGCCUACAAUGGUUCCGAUGAACACUCAGGCUCAGUAAGCCUCAGUAAAUUGGCUUCAGCUGCAAAACAGUUCUUUUCCGGUAUCGGCCGCCUGAUUUCCAGAACAUUCGAUGAGGAGGACACAAAAGCUAUCGCAAACGGAAUCCGCAAAUUUUUCAAUGUCACCACAACGCAACAACCGCCAUCCAUACUUCCCAAUACAACGCCUACUAUUCCAAUGCCUGAACGUAGUGCUGUUACUGCUCCUAUCGUUCAAACCAGUACAGCGCAAAUGACGUCACCAACAAGUAGAGGACCACAGGUCUAUACCACCUACAGUCCCAGGAUUAUUUGGCCUACCACGAAGACCACACGACGCCCUUCUACUACGAGGAGACCAUUCACCUGGAGACCUGUGCUACCAAAUGGAAGAAGGGUUACUCCAUCUUCUCCAGUAGAAGAAAUCACUUACUCGCAAAUAAGUACUGAGUUACCACCAACCAUCGAAAACAUUCGUUCGUUCUAUGAAAAGCGGACUAUGGACUGGGAACGAACUUUGCCCUUGGAGAAACUGAUACAUGGUGUUAUCACUGCGAAAUAUGGCCUGGUAUGCAAAGAGCUCGGAGUCCACUUGCCCAUCUGGCAGGAGAUGCACAAAGCAUCAUCAGCGGACUUGCUAUCUUGGCGAGAAUCUGUGACUCCGGAAGUCUUGCAGCUCACACAGUCCCUCAUGUCACUGUACAAACCUUCAAGAUGUCUCGUCAUAGGAGUGUUUACGGGUUUUGCUCUGCUUGGUAUCGCCGAACAAGUCGACUACAGAGGUGUGAUCAUAGCCCUAGAACAUCCCAAAUAUGCUCACUAUUGGGAGGAUGUCGGCAUGAAAUACGCAAAGAAGAUGCCUCAUGCUCAAAUGUCCCGAAUCCAUGUGCGAUCAACAGAGCCAAUAGAUCGUUCGCUAUCGAAUCUCGCUGCCAAUGAACCGAAUACGUUCGAUUUUAUUUUCCUGGAUGACUUUGAACGCGAAAGCUACCUGGACGACUAUGAACAUGCUAUACGCUUGCUCCGAAACGGAGGCCUUCUCAUCAUUAAUAAGGCGCUGAACAAUGGUGGUGUACUGUCCGGUGUCGAGGUUAUGUCUGAUGACGAUAGAGCCAUUUCAAGUAUGAACAGUCGGGUUAAACACGAUGCUAGGGUGAGUAUUCUUUAUUGA